AUGGACUUGUGCACCGAGGCCAUUCAGGAGGUCGUUCAUCCCACCGCAGCCUUUACACCGCAGCAUGACCCACAGGACCUAGGGGCAGACCAUGCCCCGUCAUGGGACGAUUCAUUGUUGAACCCAAAGAACAGGAUCGACAGUCUCGAUCUUCCCCAGAUGCCUCUGUGGCGGAUCGAUGGUAGCACUGGCUUGGGGACCCAGUACUAUGCUCUACCGCUCUUCCUCUCCGCCGUUCCUCCAACGCGGAUGGACGUGUUCAUCCCAGCAGAUCAACCGCGAGUCAUCCAACAACAGCUGGAUCUCGACGUCGCCUUCCAUGUUAAAGAUGCUGUAAGGCUAUCUAGGCUGGCAAUCACUCGUCACAUAAUCCGAACGCUACAUUUAUGGGUCGCCACGGAAUUCAAGGACCUUGCAGCGUUCAAGGACUUCUACCAAGACGUGCCCUUUGGAACACGCCUGGUCUUCGAGAAUCUCUCACUUGACAUCCGGAACAUACAGGUCAGGGUUGGACUGAAUCACAACUUGGAACGUCAAUUGACGUCAGUCUCUGGGCUCAAGCAUCUUUGGGGGCCAGACUUCGUGUUUCCUGACGUCAUCGACUUCUAUGAGAUUCAGGUCAUUGGCAUCCUCCACGACAGCGUCUGCUUGGUCCGUAUUCGUGGAGAGUUAUUUAUUUUCAAGGCUCUAACAAGCGGGCCCAAGUACCUCUACCACGAGUUAAAGGUACUCUGCACGUUAACACCGCAUUCCCAUGUCAUCGCCCGUCCCGUCCAUGUUGUGAUGAAGACAUGCAAGUUUGGAGGCAAGAAGGCCAUUGUCGGCUUCACCACUUUCUUCCAUUCGAAAGGCAGUCUACGUGACCAUCUGCCUCAACUUCGGAUCCACGGCCAGCUCAAGUCCUCGGACCAGUUCAAGUGGUCGGUUCAGCUCGCUACUGCCCUGGACCACCUUCGAGUCACCAGCCAGACUUAUUACCCCGACCUCCGCCUCGACAACAUUGUCCUAUCCGAAAACUCGGAUAUCGUGAUGGUGGAUUUCGAGCAAAGAGGGGUAUGGUGCGAGUUCGCAGCACCCGAAGUCAAUGCUAUCGAGUAUAUCCGUCUCAUAGCUACAGACGAAGAUAUGUCAGACGAGAUACACGAGAAGUACAAUGGGAUACUCAGACGCCUGAAUCCCCAUUUCGAGGAAUUGCUGACAGAGAAAUACACCAAUGCCACGAACGGCUACAAUGUGACAUGGUUGGCUCUCAGUGCUCGCGAACAGGAGGCCGCCGAGGUUUACAUGCUGGGCAGGGUGCUCUGGUGCCUGUUCGAAGGAGUCAGCGGUCCGCAAAAGGCAGCAGUGUGGCAGUCGUACCGGUGGGAGUCUGACCUCGAAUUUCCGGAAUUCCAGAGGACGCCGCCUGCGCUGAGAUUAUUGAUCGAUCGCUGUACUCGAGGAAGAAGGGACACACUCAGCGGUAUCAUUACGAGACAGGGUAGUCGUCUGGUACUACGGGACAGAGAUCUCCAGGACCAAGGACCUGAGGAUGUGAAGAAUGCUGCAAGGAGAUUCUGGGUGUCAGAGUUGCAGGUGGCCGAGGACUUUUUGGCGAUGCGAGAAGAGCGCAAGGCCAAAGGAGAAUGGGACGAGAACUUCUACUCUCGCCCAUCUAUAAGGGAAGCAUUAGCGGCGUUGAAGACGCUGCAAUCCCAACAUCAAUAG